UUGGGACGCAGCCGCCGCCUCACAGAGUCCCGCAGAGAAACUGAUGGAAGGAGGCAAGUUGUGAGGAAAAGAAAAAGGCGGCAUUUAAUGUCCUCUUAAAGGGUAAAUUCAUUUAAAAUGGCGGAGUCCGGUCCGUUUAGGGGUCUGCCCCGGAUCCGGAGGGCUGCGGCCUCAAUUCCUGGAAAUCUGCACCUGGUUCUGGUUCUGACGCCCAAAACUCAGUCUCAAGGCACCGGCACAGACCUGGGCUUCCGCUUCUGUCAGGACGACUUCACUAUCAAAAUGCCUGUGAUCAUGCUGAGUUCAGUCACUGAUCUGCUGCGCUAUAUUGACGAGAACCAGUUGAGCGCUGAUUUCAGUGGAACUCUCGAGUGCUGCUCCACAGACUGGAUCGUCCUGAAGACGGCCAUAGAGAGUUUUGCGGUGAUGGUGAAGGAUGUGGCUCAGCUGCUGCAGGUGUUUGGAACGGAACUGGCCGAGACCGAACUGCCCGAGGAACCGAACGCCAUCGAGUACCUGCUCCGCUCUCACACCGACAAAUACAGACAGAUGAAGGAUGACAUUCGCUCAGUGAUGAAGGAGGGACGUCAGAUCCUGUCUAAUCUAGAAGGAGUUAAAAGGACGGAGGACAGAGACAUCGCUCAGGACAGGGACACUGUACACAGGCUCCUGACCCAGCUCAGAGACAUGGAGAUGGCGUUUGAUGGGUUUUUUGAGAAGCACCACCUGAAAAUGCAGCAGUACCUGCAGCUCCUCCGCUACGAGCUGAGCUUUCACGAGAUGGAGGGGAAACUGGAUGAUCUGAUUGGCCGAGAGAAAGCGAUUCCUGCUGCAGGAUUGACAGCGGCUCAGACACAACAACUCAUCGCUGAACUACACACUCUCGACUCCAUCGCUGAGGAGGAGAUGGGUCAUGCUCAGAUCGUUAUCCUUCACGGUCAUCAGUUAGCAGCGAGUCAUCACUACGCUCUGGCUCUCAUCGUCCAGCGCUGUAACGAGCUGCGUCAUCACUGUGACACACUGACCACGGCCCUGCGCAACAAACACACUUCGCUCACACACACACACGCUCUGCAGCUACGCCUCGAGGAGGCAGUGCGUUGGUGUGAUGAGAGUGUGUAUCUGUUGGCCGGUCAGAUGGUGGAUAAAUUCCAGUCUAAAGAAGGAGCUCAGGAAGCUCUGAGUGACAUCGAGAGACUGCUGGAGUCCAAACCAACUCUCAGCUACACUACUGACGCACACACACCUGAGAUACGGGCUCAGGAAACAGUAGUGAUGGAGAAGUACUCCUCAGUGCAGGUGAUGCUGGAGAACAGACAGGCAUGUUUGCGUAAACUCGCCUGCGUUCAGGUGAGACCCAUCCAGCCCGUCUCCCCGAGACCCGAGAGCCCGACCCGCCUCAAAUCCCCGCUGUUCUCCCCCAAACACAGUUUUGAUGUGAAUUCCAGUCUGAAGUUCUCCUUUGAUCUCUCUCUCCCAGGAAAAAGAACCGCACGCAAGAACAGCUGCACCAAGAAGAUUGAGGUGAUGCACCAGGAGAGUCGUGGCAGUGUGUGUCAAGAAGCAGAGGGAGCAGAGAACCCCGAACAGCAGACAUGUCAUGUGAUGAAGGAGCUGAUUGACACGGAGAAGGUUUAUGUGGAGGAGCUGCUCAGUGUUCUACUGGGUUACAGAGCUGAGAUGGAUAACCCCGCUCUGUCUCACAUCCUGCCAUCCGAACUGAAAGACAAGAAGGAGGUUUUAUUUGGAAAUCUGCCAGAAAUUUACAAAUUUCACAGCAGGAUAUUUGUUCAGGACCUGGAGAGCUGCAGGCAGACUCCAGAGAGAGUGGGAGCAAGAUUUCUGGAGAGAAAGGAGAAUUUUCAGGUGUAUGAGCGUUACUGUCAGAAUAAACCUCGCUCAGAGGCCAUGUGGAGGCAGUGUGCAGACUCUCCAUUUUUCCAGGAGUGUAAGAGGAAACUGAAGCACAAACUGGAUUUGGAUUCGUAUUUACUGAAACCUGUUCAGCGUCUGACCAAAUAUCAGCUGCUGCUGAAGGAGCUGUUGAAGCAUAGUACACAAUCGCAGUAUGUUUGUGAGCUCCAGGGGGCGCUAAAUGCCAUGCUGGACCUCCUCAAAUCUGUUAACGACUCCAUGCACCAGAUUGCCAUCACUGGAUACGAGGGGGACCUGUGUGACCUGGGCCGGGUGUUAAUGCAGGGUUCGUUCAGUGUGUGGAUGAGCAGGAAGUCGUCACGUGUGAAGGACAUGGCUCGGUUUAAACCAAUGCAGAGACACUUGUUCCUCCACGAGAGGGCGCUGCUGUUCUGUAAAAAACGGGAAGAGAAUGGAGACGGAGCUGAACGCACCGCCUCCUACAGCUUCAAACACUGCCUCAGGAUGAGUGCUGUGGGUAUCACAGAGAACAUCAAAGGUGAUAUGAAGAAGUUUGAGAUCUGGUACAGUGGGAGAGAAGAGGUGUAUGUAGUGCAGGCUCCAACAGUUGAGGUGAAGUCAGCAUGGCUCAGUGAGAUCAGAAAAAUCCUCACAAACCAUCAGAAAACUGGUCAAGGUUCCCCUCUCUCUAUCUCUCUCUCUCUUUUUUCUCUCACACAGGUUAAUACAACAAUCUCACCUAAUUUCGUCAAAUCCAAUCUCUCUCUCUCUCGCUCUCUCUCUGUCUCAGAUGAAGGUCAUGGUGCUGUAGGCUCUCUCUCUCCUCUUCUGGUGAACAGUAUGGAGAGGGCGUCGGUCUGCAUGCCCUGGAGCCCCGCCCCCAUGGCAGCCUGCUCAGGUUGUUUUGAUGUCCCUCCUCACAGUAAGGGGGCGCCAAUGCACUCGGACGAGUCAGGGAGCUCCAGUCCGGUUCUGACAGACCCCGUGAUGUUCUCACCUCGACCCCAGAACCGCAACCGCCGCAGUUGGCCCGGAACUUCAAACUCCGUGGAUAUUUGUGAGACUUUAGAGGACUGGACCACUGACCUGUCCUUCAUCUCCGACUCAGAUGAAGAAGAUGACGUCCUACUGGUUCCUGGGAAGUACCGAGCCCUUGUGGAUCACCUGAAGUGUGGUAAAGAUGAGGUCAUCAUAAAACACGGCGAUGUCAUCCACUUACUGCAGGAGAACACAGCGGACCUGUGGCACGUCAAAAACCUGACUCGUGGAGGUGAGGGAAAACUUACAGCUGAUGCCUUGCACAGAAUUCUGGGGAAUGUGGACAGAAGCCAUGUGAUCAGGCCUGAAGGUGACUUUAUGGCUCAGGAAAUAUAAGCAGAAUGAUGAACACACCAUGAUGAGACCCUUCAUAUUCAAGGAAACAUCUACAUUAUUAUCCAGCAUGGACACACACACACACACACACACAUCCAAUAUCGUAUUUUGUGGACUAUAGGUGGUGUAGUGUGUGCUGAAGCGAGGCGUGUGUCACUGUAAUAUGCUCAUGUAUUAGUGUGUUUACGGUAGGUGAGAUACUCCAGCAGUUGUAGUGCACAGGAUCAUACAGGGUUUUGUGUGUGUGUGUGUGUGUGUGUGUUUUGUAUUAUAUUUUGUUAAAAUCAGUAUUUUGUGCUAAACAGGACUGAACUCUAUAUGGAAAAAAAGCGAUCAGAUUUGAUCAGAAGCUCCAGCCAUGCUGAUUUCAGAACCGUAUGUUAGGGUAAAGAAUUUCGUGUUUUUCGGAUGAAUCUUUAGAUGAAUUAUAAAAAAUAAUUCAGUGCUUGUUAACAGGUUAAGAGUUAGUCUGAGGUUAAUUGAGCUGGUUCGUCUGACCUGAUGUGGGUUUAGUCCAGAAAAUACGGUAAGCGAAGGCCGCCAUUCCUUUCCUCCUGUUUUACACUGUUCUUCAAUUUCCUUCAUCACUGAACAUUUCUGACUUUAUAGAGCACAACCUGGAACACCUUUACCAUCAGCGCAGUGUGUCACAACAUCGAAAGUGUGUUUACUGGAGGCUUCUGCACCCAGGACUAUGAGUCAGGAGAACUUUAUUCUGAAGGUAACAGGAGAACAGAACUCACUGAUGAAUUCGCUGAUUUCACAUUUCUUUGCCAGAAUCCCGUCAGUCUCGGUGUAAACUGAGCUGAGAGUGUGUGUACUGUAAUGCUAGCUCAUGGAUUAGCAUGUGUACUAUCCUGCUCAUUUCUUUUCCUCUAGAGAUUUACAGAUACAAACUGAUCUAAACUAUAUAUUAAUAAAUUUUAAUCAGACUUUGUAGAUUCCACACCCUUCAGUGUAAAGCAAACACGAUGCUCCUGUCUGAUCUUGGCAGGUUUAUACGAGUCAUGUUUGCUUCCAGGAAGUGUGUGCUUCUCUACAUGAUGUGACAAAAUGAACCGUAUAGAAAAAACUAGCACUUUUAGGAUCUACUUCGUGCCAAACUUCUGUGACAUCACACAUUUUUACACACAGCGCUUUGUUUCUAAUCCAGUUUUAUACUUUGGUAGUGUUUUCAUAGCAUUGUGGAUUUUAUUACAGUUUAUUUGUUAGUUUAAUGCCUCCCUGUUUACACACACACACACACACACACAAAGCAGUGUUAAUGAAUAUUUCAGAGCCUUCCGUCUUCCUCACUGGUGUAUUCUAAGCGAGCUUUGCUAAUUCCAUUGCUCAGGUGGUUAUGAAGGUGUGUUUUAUAGCUGAAUAUGAAUAUGAAGCCAUAAAUAUGAGUAAGGAGCUUUAGAUGUUUGAAGGUAGGUGUACAGGAGAAAGUGUAUAAAAUGGGAGAAGGACUAUAAAUUACUUUAACUACAUGUUUAAGCACAAGAUGUAUAAUGCUAUAAAAAGCCAUUUUUUCCUCAGUGCAGUGGCUUGAAUGUAAAUAUGCGCUGUUUAUUAUCUCAUUGUGCCAAAAUUAAUGUAUUCAUAUUUCAUUUUUAUUUUUCACUGUUAAGAAAAAGCACGCAUCCAGCUGCUGUUCGGUCUUGACCGAGCGUAGAUAAUUAUUUACUCAUUAGCUAAUGCCUGCUGCUAAUCGUCUGCUUUAUGAACACUGACGGCUUUACGGCUAAAUGAACUACAGAUUUCACCAUGAUGUCGUCGUGU